CGCAAACGCGACCUUGUAGAAGCUUUCAUGCCUUGGCGUGAAAGGAGUUAUACGUUAUGCUCAAACAAGUCGAACAUAAGCUUGCCAUAGAACUCGAAUACAUGCCAUGCUAAUGAAAUCUUUCAUCAUCCCAUACCUAUCCUCAGUUCCCAAUUUCAUACACCAUAUGUCUCAGUUCCCUGAGCCUUUUAAGCUCACUGUCUCUGAGGCCAUGGUCUUCGUAACGGCGUGUAGGUUUUCCCAUUAUCGUCACUCACAAACUAUAUCGAGUUUCUCCGUGUUCCACAGUUUACUACCAUGACGCCCUUUGUCCUCUAAAGUCAAUUCUUCGAAGUAACCAUCAAGUGGUGACAUUUGGUUGGUCCAAUUUUGCGGUCCCGAAAAAAAAAUUCAAUGCCUUCCACCGAGUAAAAACUUUGGAUCCGCUGGCCUAUUGAUAGUCAGACAAAGCAGAGCUUGUAUACCAAACUAGCCGCUUAACAGUAAUAGAAAAAUAGAAAUACUGUCAACCGUACAGAAAAUAAAGACUGAAGCUGCUAAUAGAGUGUCAUACGGAUUCAAUGUUGGAGCUCGCAGCUACUUGUAUA